AUGCUUAGAGUGGUUCAAAACACACCUGGUGGUGAGACCAACCUCUGCUUGAACACACCUGGUGAGGCCAACCUCUGUCUGAACACACCUGGUGAGGCCAACCUCUGUCUGAACACACCUGGUGAGGCCAACCUCUGUCUGAACACACCUGGUGAGGCCAACCUCUGUCUGAACACACCUGGUGAGGCCAACCUCUGUCUGAACACACCUGGUGAGGCCAACCUCUGUCUGAACACACCUGGUGAGGCCAACCUCUGUCUGAACACACCUGGUGAGGCCAACCUCUGUCUGAACACACCUGGUGAGGCCAACCUCUGUCUGAACACACCUGGUGAGGCCAACUUCUGUCUGAACACACCUGGUGAGGCCAACCUCUGUCUGAACACACCUGGUGAGGCCAACCUCUGUCUGAACACACCUGGUGAGGCCAACCUCUGUCUGAACACACCUGGUGAGGCCAACCUCUGUGAGGCCAACCUCUGUCUGAACACACCUGGUGAGGCCAACCUCUGUCUGAACACACAGGUGAGGCCAACCUCUGUCUGA